AUGGCUUCAGUCAUGAUGUCCGAUGUUAUCGACUCAGAUAUUGGCCCAUCCAGCCGGACUGGUACUCCCGGAGCCCGCUCCAGACGCAGGGGGUCACAAGGGUCUUCAGCUCGACCACGAGGCCCUCCAACUGAAAGUGUUGGGCCCAUGAGUGAUGAUGAAGGCUUUGCGGAUGAUCAGAUUCCAGUUGGAUCUAGUCGACCCAGGAGAAACGAUCGCAACAUUCCCAGAGUGGAGGAUGCUAUCGGACAAUACGUCCAAAUCAACUUUGAGGAUUUCCUCGAGCAAUUCGUCGAAGAUCCAGUAUCAUCAGGAGCACCUCCAUCGAGUGCUGUCACGACAGACAAGUACUAUAUUGCUCAGAUCCAUGGUCUGAGAACAUACCAGCUUUCCACGCUCUAUGUCGACUAUACGCAUCUUGCACAGUGGAAGGGGGGUGCGCUGGCUGUGGGAAUUGUUGAGGAAUACUACAGAUUCCUACCUUUCUUAACGAAAGGCCUGCAUACCAUGAUUGCAAAAUACGAACCUCGAUACUUCCGAGAUCAUCGCCAACCAGUAGCAUCAAGCAACCAGACCUCGUCUGGUGCCAGUAACGCUGCUUCUGCAAGUCAAUCUGAUUUUCAGGGCGACAAAACCCCAAAUCAACAGACUGACAAGUUAUUCGCCCUCGCCUUUUACAACUUACCUCUCGUCACUCGUAUCCGACACCUCAGGACUAACAAUAUCGGUCAACUGCUUUCAAUUUCUGGCACAGUCACCAGAACCUCCGAAGUCCGGCCAGAACUCUCUCUCGCAACGUUUAUUUGCGAAUCCUGCCGGAGCACCGUUCCCAAUGUCGAGCAGACCUUCCGAUACACUGAGCCAACCCAGUGCCCUAACCUGGAAUGUGGCAAUCGUCAUGGGUGGAGACUAGAUAUCAGGCAGAGUACCUUUGUCGAUUGGCAGAAAGUCCGAGUUCAAGAAAAUAGUUCCGAGAUUCCUACAGGAAGCAUGCCUCGGACCAUGGAUGUUAUUCUUCGUGGUGAAAUCGUGGACCGGGCCAAAGCUGGAGAGAAAUGCAUCUUUACUGGAGCUCUUAUCGUCGUGCCUGAUGUCAGCCAACUUGGCCUUCCAGGCGUUCGGCCAAUGGCCGUACGAGACAACCAGAACAGGAGUGGUGAUGCUAAUGGCGUUACCGGUUUGAAAGCACUUGGUGUUCGAGACCUUACCUACAGACUUGCUUUCCUAGCUUGCAUGGUAACCCCAGAUACCACGACUCCUGGACAAGCGUCGUCUCAACAACUCAAUGGUCAAUCCAGCAAUAUCCUAGCAUCUCUCAACCAAACGGCUCCCAUUGAUCCAAACGAGCCGGGCGAACAUGCACAAGAAGCCGUCCUUGCAUCCAUGACGCAUGCAGAAAUCGAGGAUCUUCGAAAGAUGGUUCACAGUGAUCACAUAUACUCUCGCCUGGUCAACUCAAUUGCUCCUAUGGUUUAUGGGCAUGAAAUCGUCAAAAAGGGCAUCCUUCUUCAAUUGAUGUCCGGAGUCAGCAAAACUACCAAAGAGGGAAUGGCACUCAGAGGUGACAUCAAUAUCUGCAUCGUUGGAGACCCUUCAACCUCGAAAUCCCAAUUCCUCAAAUAUGUCUGCUCCUUUCUGCCUCGUGCUGUUUAUACUUCUGGUAAAGCUUCCUCGGCUGCUGGUCUCACAGCCGCUGUCGUGAAGGAUGAGGAAACAGGAGAGUUUACCAUCGAAGCCGGUGCUCUCAUGCUUGCAGACAAUGGCAUUUGUGCAAUUGAUGAGUUCGACAAGAUGGACAUCAGUGACCAGGUUGCUAUCCAUGAGGCUAUGGAACAACAGACUAUCUCUAUUGCAAAAGCUGGUAUCCAAGCCACUCUCAACGCCCGAACAUCCAUUCUCGCAGCUGCAAACCCAGUCGGGGGGCGAUACAACCGAAAGACUACUCUACGAGCCAACAUCAAUAUGUCUGCUCCUAUCAUGUCCCGUUUCGAUCUGUUCUUCGUCAUUCUCGACGAGUGCAAUGAGAACGUGGAUCGCCAUCUCGCGGAGCACAUUGUGGGGAUCCACCAGUUGAGGGACGAGGCGGUGCAGCCAGAAUUUACCACCGAACAACUCCAACGCUACAUCCGUUUCGCGAAGACGUUCAAACCAGAGUUUACGCCCGAAGCUCGCGAGGUCCUGGUUCAGAAGUACAAAGAGCUUCGAAGCGACGACGCACAAGGUGGCAUUGGACGGAACUCCUACAGAAUCACGGUCAGACAAUUGGAGUCGAUGAUUCGACUGAGUGAAGCCAUUGCCAAAGCCAACUGCGUGGAGGAGAUCACUCCCGAGUUCGUCAUCGAAGCCUUCAACCUCCUCCGACAAAGUAUCAUCUCGGUCGAGAAAGACGACGUGGAGGUCGACGAAGACGAGGACGAGGUCCUGAAUCGUCGGCCACGAGACAUCGAUGGAGACGCGCCGAUGGCGGAUGGCGGUGACGACGAAGAUGGAGAUCACGGCCCCGAUGGUGGAGCAGGUGCAAACGGCAGCACGCCCGCGCCAACGAGCAAGAAGACCAAGGUCACGUACGACAAGUACAUCUCGGUCGUCAACCUGCUAGUGCAGCGAGUCAACGAGGACGAGCUAGGCUCGGGCGAAGGUGUCGAGGGCGAGAAGCUGGUGGAGUGGUAUCUGGAGCAGAAAGAGGACGAGCUAGCAGGAGAGGAGGACUACCACGCCGAGAAGGCACUGGUGAAGAAGAUCAUCAAGCGGAUGGUUAAGGAGAACAUCCUAAUGGAGAUCCGCGGACAAGGUCUCGUAGGCGAGGAUGGACAAGGCAGUUCCACCACUACCGCAGAGCACAGCGUCUAUGUCUUGCACCCUAACUGCGCGGUAGAAGAGUACUAG